AUGAUAUUGAAAUUUAGAAUUAAAGAAUUAAAUUGGAUAAUUGAAAAUAAUAGUAAUAGUAAUAAUAAUAAUAAUAAUUCAUUAAAAAUUUCAAAAGAAGUUAAUAAUUUAAUACUUUAUAGUAUUUAUAAAUUAGAUUUAGAAUUAUUAAAAUUAAUUUAUAAAAUUAAAUAUUUUAAACCAAUGUUUAAUUUAAAAUCUUUUGAUGUAUCACCAUUUUCUUAUGAAAUUUCAAUUGAAAUAUUUGAUUUUUUAUUAAGUAUUAUUGAAUUAGAUGGUGAUGAUAAUAUUUUAAGUGAAAUAAUUUUUAAUCCAAUUUUAGCAUUUCAUUUUAAAUUAAAUCAUAAACAACUUUAUCAAGACUCAUUAAAUCAUAUUUAUAAUAGGAUACUUUCAAUUAUAAAAUCAAAUGAAAUUCCAAUCUUGGUAAAUUAG